AAGGAGACACCCCAAUCUGGCAGAUGCUGAAACAGCACAAGGAAAAGGGCCGCGGAGCACUUCCUGGCAGGAGAGGCCGCCAAGGAGCUCAGCCCGGUGCCCAGCGCUCUCACGGACCGGGCGACCUCGUGCAGUCUCCUUUCGUCGCCAAAACUGCCAGGAAGUAGCUGCUGUUGUCCAGGUUUCCGGAUGGGGGGCCCAGAGGGGUUGCGUGGGGGACUGCAGCCAAGAAGAGGCUCCGAAGCCCAACGGGGUUCCCAAAGUUUCUGGUACCUGGAGGCGGGGGCCGCUCCCCUACACAGGAGCUGCUUAGAGGGUCUGGGGGAAAGGGUGGAGCUCCCAGGGUGGGACCACCGACAGGCGGACCCCAACUCCCACCCUGGGGCGGCGUGAGGCAGCAAGGGUGGCUCGGAGCCCGGACGAACGGAAGAAAGUGGGAGCCGCGAGGGCCCAGGUCGCUGGUAGGGGAGGCGACAGCCGCUCGGCUCCAGCUAGACGCGCCCUCGCUCCUCCCGCCGGCUCUCGGGGGAACCCGCGCCCCGCGCCGCGCCCCGCUGGGCCCGCCCCGCUGGGCCCGCCCCUCGCCGCCCCGCCCGCUUUCGGAAGCACCGGCCGGGCCUGCGGAGCUGCGCUGAGGCCUCAGCCAUGGCCGCGCCGCGGCUGGAGGACGUGCUGACCUGCUCCAUCUGCCUGGGGCUCUACGUGGAGCCGGUGACGCUGUCCUGCGGCCACAACUUCUGCGGGGCCUGCAUCGGGGACUGGGGACGCGGCUGCGACAAGGCGUGCCCCGAGUGCCGGAAGCCCUUCCCCGACGGCGCCGAGCUGCGCCGCAAUGUGGCGCUCAGCGCCGUGCUCGAGGCGAUGCGCGCGGGGCCCGGCCCGGACUCGGCCCCCGCCUCUGGCUCCGCCUUGGGCGCGCGCUGCCCCCGGCACGGGCGGCCGCUCGACCUCUUCUGCCGCACCGAGGCUCGCUGCAUAUGCAGCGCGUGCACCGUGAACGAGUGUCUCCUCCACGAGCGGGCGCUGCUGGACGACGAGCGUCGGGAGCGCGAGGCCCAGCUGAGAGCCACGCUGGAGGUCAGCCAGCAGCAGGUGACCCAGGUGGAGAGGCAGCUGGAGGAGCUACAGCAGCAAAGCAGCCAGAUCCAGACCUCGGCCUGCACCCUGGCCUCCGUGAUCUCGGGCAAGUUCAGCCGCCUGCUGCAGGCCCUGGAGAUGCGACGGGCCUUGGCACUGAAGGACAUCAAGGUGGCCGAGACCCAGGCACUAGCACAGGCCCAGGAUGCAGAACAGCGACUGCGGGGCCACCGGGAGGCCUUGGUUCGUUACGACCGCAGGGUCCGGGACCUCCUGCAGCAGCUGGAUGACCGCACCUUCCUUCAGGAAUCACAGCUCCUGGCCCCCCCAGCGCCUCUUGGGCCUCUGACUCCUCUGAAGUGGGACGAAGAUCAGCAGCUGGCCGGCCUGAAGGAGUCACUGAGCCAGCUGUGUGGCCUCCUCCUGGAGGAGGGGGACCACCCCAGGGCAUCUGCCGAGACUGCUGAUUCAGGCCCCAUGGAGGGCCCAUGUCCCCUGGCACCAGUCCCAAGCCCAGUUUGUCCACUGAGGAGGAAACUCUGGCAGAAUUACUGCAAUCUGACCUUCGACCCGGACACCGCCAAUCGCCACCUCUACGUAUCUCGGCAGGACCAGCAGGUAAAGCACCGUCACAAGCCCCGGGACCCAGCUGGGCCAAGCAGCUUCGAGCUCUGGCAGGUGCGGUGCACCCAGAGCUUCCAGAACGGGCGACACUACUGGGAGGUGCACACAUCUAACCACUCGGUGACUCUGGGCGUCGCCUACCCAGACCUGACGCGGCGCAAGCGGGGGCCCCACACGGACAACAUCGGGCGCGGGCCAAGCUCCUGGGGGCUCUGUGUUCAGGAGGACAGGGCGCAGGCCUGGCACAACGGGGAGGCCCAGCUCCUCCCAAAGGUGUCGGGGCGGCUCCUGGGCAUGGACUUGGACCUGGUUUCUGGCUGCCUCACCUUCUACAGCCUGGAGCCCAGGACCCAGCGCCUGCAUACCUUCCAUGCCAUCUUCACCCAGCCCCUCUACCCUGUCUUCUGGCUCCUGGAGGGUAGGACUUUGACCCUGUGCCAUCGGCCCGAGGCCAGGCUCCCUUCGGAGCUCCAGGAAGAGGCCUCGGAGCCCAGCUGAGGAAGGAACAGGAUGGAGCUCUGGGCCAGGAACAGGUGCCACCAUACCUUUGUGCCCAAAAGCUGCCCAGACCCUAGCUUGGGGACCUGAGGCCACAGCGAUAAUGGGACCAGCUUUGGGCCAGAAGAUCAACUCAGAACUAGGCUGGGCCACUUGGGAAGAGAGGUUGGGAGGGAGCCCCCAACCGGAGUUCACUCUCCAGCAUCACUGAAGGACACGGGGACAAGAAAGGGACUAAAACAGGAGGACCCUGCCCAAGCAGAGCCCACUUCUCCACGCUGCCGCGGCAUUCUGAGGCUGGCACAGCGCCCGUGGGCUCCUGGUCCUGCAGCCGAGCGCGCGCAGUCAGGCCUCCCCGCACAGUGUGGUGCGCACACACACUCCGCGGCCCGCUGGCCUCCUGUGAAAGUGACGUAGAUCAAAGGAGUGGGACGGUGGGCGGGAGGUUGGGGGCGGGCCACAAAGCAUGGACAAUUCCUGCAGAAAACCUAGAGAAAAGUGAUGUUUUACUUC